CGCAGCGAGCUCCAAGCCGCACUUGAACAUCUCGCGGAGAGUGUUCUCCGACAAAAGGAUGAGAGCUCGCCCUAGGAGACAAAACAAGCAUGGAGUAAAUUGCAUCAGACUGUGACAGCUCGGUCUGAAAAGAUUCAGAGGGGAGCUGAUUUUAUGGGUGAGACCCUAACUUUGACAUCGGAGGCUCUAAAUGAUAUUGGAGCAGUGACUGGCAAUAUCGAUGUUCGUAUUGCUGGGACGCUCACGAAUAAAAUAGGUGCCAUCAGCGGACUUGUGGGUAAGACCAUCAACAAGAGUAACCAGGAACAAGAAAAAACAAAGCAGGCUACUCCAGAUACCGAAAGGAUACCCGUGAGUCAGCCUUUUCCAUAUCUGUCAGUCAGUGGAGGAAAAAGGAGACUGGGUAAUGCCUUCUCGACUGGCCGCCGGUAUGUUGAAGGUUACGUUGGCAAAAUUAAAUCCCCAAGUACAAGCAGCAAGAAACAGUCCGACCAAGGGAGUGAAGCCAUUGAUCUGGAAGUCAGAAGCAUAAGUACAGCUACCACCGAUGACCUGAUGAUCUGUCAAGGAGGAACACCUGGGUCCAGCGACAUGGCCACUGAAUACUCACGCGAGGCUUUGACAGAGACAUGGGUGCGCAGUGAGGCCGUUAUACUCAGUCCAGUAUCGACAAUAUCGGACAUACAAGAAGCAAGAAGCAGCCUCAGUUCUACGGAAGAUUCUAACAGGCGUCCGCCUCCGCCGCCUCCUCCUAAAACGAGAUGGCAGUCCACUACUGAAUUCUCCUUGCCACCGCAUGUGGGAAUUGGCACUCCACAAAGCAGUAGUGGAGAGAGGUGGAAUGCUAUAAUAACAGUUAAUGCCUCACAGAUCAGCUAUAGAGCUCAAGCACCGGCAGUCCCGAGACGAAAUGGAAAUAUCCGGCAGAUUGCCAGUACUUUCGAAAAGAACGGUUCUCUCAGUCACAUUGGCCGAGGCCGACCUUUGCCUAUUACUCCUUCUAAAGAGAGGUCUUAGUACUGACUUCGACUCAACUAUGCGGAAAAAACUUAUUAUGUUUUGGUAUUCUUCUUCUUAUACAUUUACACACUUUUAGCGUAUUAAAAGAACUGCUUACUCUACAUUUUAUACCAUGAAAAUCCCCCAGCGCAUUCAGAUAGAAGGACGACCUAUACAAGG